AUGGCCGUUGUGAGCUGCGACAUAUCGACACCAACCUUCCUCGGUCGUCAGACAAACUAUUUUCCCGGUCCAUCUUCUCCUCAGACGACCUCAUGCAGAAAUCUGCGCAUCAGGCCUCGACCCAUCCCAAACUCGUACUGGGCCACUCCAUAUCUCGUAGCUUGCGAGUUUCCAUACUGCCCGCUCACACCGACGCAAAUUGCUCACAAACACACGAAGCAGAAGCUAGACGCUCUGCUACUCGCCGGCGUGCGCACCUUCAUCGAUCUCACCGAGCCACACGAGCUCUUUCCGUACUUCCCCCAUCUUGAAGCCCGCUGCGCACUCGCAGGCAUCGACGUGCGCGAGGUCGAAUACCACAACUUCCCGAUCCGCGACCGGGGCUUACCCGAGAGUGUGGAGUUCGUACGUCGCAUCAUGGAAGUACUCAGGGACAACGAGCACCGCGGCCGCGUCUCGGCCGUGCACUGUCGAGGGGGAAUCGGGCGCACGGGCCUCGUCGUCGGCUGUUGGCUCGUCGAGAGCGGCAUCGCGAGGGACGGGGCAGACGCCCUGCGCAUGAUUGCGGAGGAGUGGAAGACUGUCGACAAGUGCAAACGAUUUCCAUCGAGCCCGGAGACCGGCCCGCAGUUCGAGUUCGUCAGGAACUUUGUCCGCGCUGGGCAGGUGCAGUGA